AUGACAAGAAGAUAUUGGAACAUUAAUUUGAAAGAGAUGAUAGAAGCAGGAGUUCAUUUUGGUCAUGGUAUUAAGAAAUGGAAUCCUAAAAUGGCCCCUUACAUUUCGGCAAAGCGUAAAGGUACUCAUAUUAUAAAUCUCGCUAGAACGGCUCGGUUUUUAUCAGAAGCUUGUGAUUUAGUUUUUGAUGCAGCAAGUCAGGGAAAAAGUUUCUUAAUUGUUGGUACCAAAAAAAGAGCAACAGAUUUAGUAGCAUCAGCUGCAAUAAGGGCUCGUUGUCAUUAUGUUAAUAAAAAGUGGUUCAGUGGUAUGUUAACGAAUUGGUCGAUUACGAAAACUAGACUUUCUCAAUUUAGAGACUUAAGAGCAGAAGAAAAAAUGGGAAAAUUCCACCAUCUCCCAAAAAGAGAUGUGGCAAUCUUGAAGAGAAAAUUAUCUACCUUGCAAAGGUAUCUCGGCGGGAUCAAAUAUAUGACGAGAUUGCCAGACAUUGUGAUCGUCCUUGAUCAGCAAAAAGAGUAUAUAGCUCUUCGGGAAUGUGCCAUUUUGGGGAUUCCUACUAUUUCUUUAGUCGAUACAAAUUGUGACCCGGAUCUCGCGAAUAUAUCGAUUCCAGCCAACGAUGACACUAUGACUUCAAUUCGAUUGAUUCUUAACAAAUUAGUAUUUUCAAUUUGUGAGGGCCGUUCUCUCUAUAUAAGAAAUCGUUGA